UAGAAUUCGUGCCGUUUUUACGUGACUAAAACCCUCUCUCUUCUUUGCCUUCUCCGUUCACACCGAUCUGUGUUUGCCGAGUGCCCGAUUCCCCAGAAUCUUUCUUCCGUUGCUGAUCGAAAUUAUCCGUGUUCUAUUAUCGUCUCUGCCAUCUUCACUGUAUCGCGUUGCCGUGUUCGUUUGAGUUUGGAGUUGUGUAUCUGCUCUUAAAGAAAUCGUGGAGAGUCCAAUGGACCCGCAGACGCAGAACACUUCGUUGCAGCGACUCCAGAAUGUCGAGAAUAGAGUUGUUAAGGUGUUGGAACUAGCUGGAGGAGUGAUGGAAGAACUCGCUAGCCCUUCUGGACCCAAGAAAGAGUUCGUCAACAGCCAUUGCCGAGAGUUUAUGCAAUCUAUGAAGGAUAUUCAAGUGACACUAAGGGAAGAGAUCAAAAGCGCUUGCGAGUACCGUCCCUUUGAGAAAUGCGAUUACAACGCUAGAAUAGCUAAUGAGAUCUGCUUCCAGAAGCUUGAAUAUGUUCUCACGCAGCUUGAUGAUCUGAAACAAACUGCUGGCCAGUAUCCUUCUUCUGAUUGAGCUCGCUACAAAAAAAAAAACAAAAAAAAAAAAAGAAACUUUAA